AUGACUCUAACAACCACUUGUAACAAUAACCACUCAAACUUGUCAAAUGCCGCUCAUACCGCUCCAGUAGUAACAAAUUGUGUUGUUGUCACGACGACCACGGAAAAAGAUUCUUCUUCCAUCGAGCAGCAAACACAACAACAACCAUCACUCACCAAGCCAACAUCUUCCUCGAAUGGCAUUAAAAAGCAAAACAAAAUGAAGAAGAAGAAACUUGGUUCUUCCUUUUUGAACGUGACUGUGGUUGGAAAUGAAAUGCCACUUGUCACUCCACAAAACAACUCCACUCGAAAACACAAACAAGACCCAUGGAUGCAAGGUAUUCUGUAUGAAUUCAAAAACGCUUGCUUUUGUACCACUUAUACUUCAAGUUAUGCUGUUGUUGGUUCCAAGUCAUUACCAAAUUCGAAUUCCACAACCACAACAACAAAUUUGACAACAUGUAACAACAACACUCGUGCUGUUUAA